GCUCCAAGUAACCUAAUCCCAAGCUACGAGACAAGACAAGACAAACAAAAACAGACAGCAAAGAACACAGGACGCGCACAGCCACUUACGCCCGCACGCACGCACGCCCUCACGCCCACAACCCACCCACCCACCAUGGCGCCAGACCAAACCAAGGAUAAAGACUCUGCAGGCACAGGCACAGUCGGCGCCGUCGCCGUUGCUGUCCCCCCAAAGCGCGAACCGUUCUUUGACACCGUCCGCCGCAUCAGCGAUUACCAGAUUUCAACCCUGCUGCAUUCGCUGAUCGGCCUCCCGAGCUCUCUGUCGCCGCCGCAGAACUCGGGAUGGCUCGACGACUCGGAUCUGACCGCUGUUGACGGGCGCGACGAGAUGCUGCCGCGUCCUAAGACCGUGCGCUCCGGCUCCGACAGCAUCGUCGAUGAGGUGCGGAAGCUGAGGGAUGACGAGGAGAGGAAGGGAGGUAGUGGUAGUGGUAGUGGGGGGAUGGGCAUAGGACCAGCGAUCUCGCGUGCUGCUACCAGUACAGGUGCCUCCGCCGCCGCCGCCGGUAACAGUGGUGGUGGUGGUGGUGGGGGUGGUGACUCGGCCAAGAGGGAGAUGGCCAUGCUGCCGGAGAGCUUCUUUGUUCCGUCGCCGGCGAGUAUGCUCCGUGGAUUCGAGGAGCUGCAUAAGGAGCUGUUCCGGCCGUUUCUCGCAGACAGAUCGUAUUCUGCUAGUGCUCCUGCCGGCUCGUCGUCGGCGACUACUACCGAACUCGACUACUACAAGUUCUUCGACCAGCAGUAUCGGUAUCCGCCGUCUGGUGGUGGUGGUGGUGGCGGUGGUGGUGGCGCGAGCGAAGGAAAGAUCGUGGUCGAGAGGGUCUCGGAGGUCCGAUCCGCCACGGGAUCCGACGGAGUGACGCGAACCACACAGAUCGAGGUGAAGCGGUAUUCCGACGGGACCGAGGAACGGAGGGAGAUGCAGAAGUCGAUCUUGCCGCGUGAUGGCGGUGGUGGCGGGGAAAGGAUUAGGGAGAUCACCGAGUGAUCGUUUGGCUUCUUCGUUUUCCUU